AUGGCGAGAAAUGGCCAGAAAGCUUUCAGAGGCAGAGGACUGCCACCGAAGGCCCUGCUGGGAGAGGGCUCCGGUGCCUGUGCAUUGGCAUGCUCCCCACCUGGCACCCGUGCCUGUGGAAAAGGGCAGCUUGCGCUUUCUCAGCUCCCUCGCUCUCUGCGGUGCCGAUCGGGCACAAUGCGAUUCAAAAUUUAUUUAGUUUUCUUUCAGCGGGAGGGCUCGCGUUACUCGCUCUGCUUCCCGUCGUUCGACAACAUUUUAGCUGAAAAACCUCCACCUUGCCGUGCAACGGAGGUGCUCGCCGGCCAUGUUCCAGUACGGGCAGGGAUGUACUGUGCUUCGGGCUGCCGCUGCGGCCGCGCUUCGGAUGAGCUGCCUGCACCUGUGUGGCCUAAUCCCAAACCCACUGACGGUGAUGGCGAGACUUUAGUGAACUUUACUGCGCUUGGUGUUAAGCCCGCACGUGGCCAUGGAGGCUAUGAUUCUGAUUUUAGUGAUGAGGAGAAUGGAGAGAAGUCUGUGCAAAAGACUAAAAGUAUAAAGGAAGAUGGCCUUCUGAUAAAGCCAUUCCAAAAAGCAAAACAAGGCAGUGUGGUUCACAGACAAUUCGCAGCUGAAGAAUGGGAUAGGGAAGAAGCAAGAAAAAGACGAUUUCACUUGAUAGCGAUGGAUGCCUAUGAAAGACAUAAGAAGUUUGUGAAUGACUACAUCUUAUACUAUGGUGGCAAAAUAGAGGAUUUCCGUCGCUCUGGAGCAAAUGACAAGACGGAUCUUGAUGUUAUUAGAGAAAACCAUAGAUUCCUGUGGAACGAAGAUGAUGAAGCAGACAUGAAUUGGGAGAAGAGGCUUGCAAAGAAGUAUUAUGAUAAAUUGUUCAAAGAAUACUGUAUAGCAGAUCUCAGUAGAUACAAAGAGAAUAAGUUUGGAUUUAGAUGGCGACAUGAGAAAGAAGUAAUUUCAGGAAAAGGUCAGUUUUCCUGUGGAAAUAAGCACUGUGAUGAGAAAGAAGGCCUGAAGAGCUGGGAGGUGAAUUUUGGUUACGUUGAACAUGGUGAAAAGAGGAAUGCACUUGUGAAAUUGAGACUAUGUCCAGAAUGUUCCUACAAACUAAACUUUCAUCACCGGAGGAAAGAAGUCAAAGCACACAAGAAAAGAGGCACAGCUGUACCGAACUCCAAUGAGCCAAAAGUUAAGAAGACAAAAUUAUCUUGUUCAGAAAAAAAGUCAAAAAAAAAGACCCAUAAAGAUCAGGUUUCUUCAGAAGAUUCAGAUAAUUCUGAUAAAGAUAACAGCGAUGCACAAGAUGGUCCUUCAGAUGCUGACUUUUGGAAAGGUGCUCUACAAGAAGCAGAUGAAAAAUCACGGGAGGAGGAGUUUGAUGAGUAUUUUCAAGACUUGUUUCUCUGAAACUUGAAAUUGAUCUAGGCUGAUUUUCUUCAUGAAUUGUUAAGAUGGAAGUCUGGAAAUCGAGUCAUAAUAAGGGACCAGAGACCUCUUUCUGCCAGCAUACCUUUUCUACAGUCACUUGUAUGGACCAUCUCAGUAGAUUAUCUUUGUAGAAGGCUUCAGGUCUAAAAACUUUCUUUUUAUUGUGGUAGGCUCUAUACUCGUGAAAUAAGAGAAAUAAUUUUUUCAGUUCAGUGCAAAAGAGAGAUGGCACCCAAACUUAAAAGUAGGAAGGAUGUAAACAAACAAGAAUAUAGUUUAUUGACAUUACAUUAAGGAAGCUGGCUGCUUUUUAUUUCAUCCCAAACUUCAGUUAUUGUCAGAUUUUUGUAAAGGGGCAUUUUGGAAGAUUCUGUUAUUAGUUUAAAGCCAUACACUUUAAUAUAUUCAUAUUUCUAAUUUAUUAAACAAGAGUUAAUAGCCUUAAAUGUAUCGGUCAUGUAGACUUUUAAUAUUCAAGUAUGAGUGUCUGUAAGUAUUUUCAAAUGCUAUUGGAGAAGUUCCAUUUUUAUCAAAUACGUAUUUUGCUUGAAUUAAGUAAACCAUAUCUGAAAUGUCUCCCCUACUCCUUAGAAAAGUUUCGUUCAUUGUGACUUUGUUUUAAACUUUAGUUAUAAUAUGAUGUGACUGAUAAUUCCACUUACAAAAAUCUGGUUGGUUGGUGAAAUUUUUGAUGUAAAAAAUAAAGUGUAUGGCUUUCUACUGGAGAUGUACAUGCGACUUGUAUGUUAUCUAUGGUUUCUGAUCUCCUUAACAUUGAUUGAAUGUUAAUCCUUCUUUAAAGUGUAAUCCUAAAUUUACAAGUAAAGAAUGUAUACUGCUUGAGAAACUUACUGGAUUCAUCUUCAUCUUCAAAUUGCAACACAACUUUAAACAUUCUUUAUUUUAUGUUUCCAAAGAAACAGUCUGCACAUGAAUAGUUACAAUGGUUAUUUUCUUUGUCGGAUGAAAAUUACUUUAGAUAUAAAGGACAAACUUUUUUUAAAAUAAAUGUUCAUGUUAAUCUGAGGAAAGUUAAUGUUGUAUAAAAUAUAUUUUUGAUAAGUACUUCCCACUGUAGAUAUAUUUAUAGAAAGUAUUUAUAAUAAGUAUUUGAUGUGGAAAAUGUAACAGCAGAGGUGGUUGCAGUGUAUUUAUGAACAUUUUACAUGCACUCAUAUGAAUAAGUUGAGAACUCUUAUUUACAAGUAUUACUUAACAAUAAUUACAUUUUAAACAGUUUGUACUUACAUAAUAGAUGACAGUACAAGGACAUAUUUAGGGUGUCCUUGAGUAAGAAAUAAAUGUAGCCUUGCACGAAGGCUUCUUUAGGUAAGAAGGUAGGUUUAAAGGUUAAUUCUCUGUCAUCUUGCAAGCUUGGUUGAGAGUCAAAUCCAAUCUGCAGCAAUCUGCUUACAUGUAUGCAACUUGCCCGAAGGGGCUUUUGUCAAACAUGUUGCUAUAUUUGUUGCUUCCAGUAUUGUAUAUUAUGUGUUCUGGAUAACUAACUCCUCUUUGGGUCUUCAAAAUAGAGUUGUGAAAUAGUACAGUAUACAUAUUAAAUACAUAAUUUAAUACAGUUUGAAUAAAAUUACAUGAUUAAACAACCUUGAAAUAGCUUUCUUUAGUAUCUGCAUUUAAUACAGGAAAUAAUACAUGAUACCCAGUUUUAUGGCAUAACUAAGUUUGCGUAAAGUAUUUGGCCCAUUUAUA